AUGACAGACGCGUAUAAAUCCAUCGCACGCCUGGAAUCCCAACACAAACGUUCCCAACUAACCUCAACAUAUGGUGAACUGACGGAAGCUAGACGAACUUUGCAGGCCCUACUCACGCAAAGACACCACCGCUCGCUCCAAAGAUCGAGGUCCUUCUUUUACACACAUGCAAACAAAGGUGGGAAAUUCCUCGCCCGCCUCUUGAAAGGAGACACACCACGCACUCAAGUGAGAAAACUUCGCUUAUCAACAGGCAGUAUAUCACCUUAUCCUGAAGAAAUAGCAGGUGAAUUCCGGGAAUAUUACAACUCCCUCUAUAAUCUCUGCCCACCGGAGGACACAGCACAUAGACGGGAAUGA